GUCCGGCAGAGCCAGCGGCCGGAGAGGAGGGGAGGGAGCAUGGAGCCGGGGGCCGGGGGCCCCGUGCGGGCCCUGCUGGGCCGCCUACUCCGAGCGCUGCUGUGGUUGGCGUCGGCCCUGCUCUACGUGGGCAGCGAGCAGGCCGCCCGUCUGCUGGGCAGCGUCUGCCUGCGCCGCCUCUACCACGCCUGGCUGGCCGCCGUCGUCAUCUUCGGGCCCCUGCUGCAGUUCCACGUGAACCCCCGCACCAUCUUCGCCAACCACGGCAACUUCUUCAACAUCAAGUUCGUGAACUCGGCCUGGGGCUGGACUUGCACGUUCCUGGGCGGCUUCGUGCUGCUAGUGGUGUUCCUGGCCACGCGUCGGGUGGCAGUGACGGCGCGGCACCUGAGCCGGCUGGCGGUGGGUGCCGCCGUGUGGCGCGGGGCCGGCCGGGCCUUCCUGCUCAUCGAGGACCUGACGGGGUCUUGCCUGGAGCCGCUGCCCCAGGGCCUGCUCCUCCACGAGCUGCCCGACCGGCGCAGCUGCCUGGCCGCCGGCCACCAGUGGCGCGGCUACACCGUGUCCUCUCACACCUUCCUGCUCACCUUCUGCUGCCUGCUCAUGGCCGAGGAGGCGGCCGUCUUCGCCCGCUACCUGGCCCACGGGCUGCCCGCCGGAGCCCCCCUGCGCCUGGUCUUCCUACUCAACGUCCUGCUGCUGGCCCUCUGGAACUUCCUGCUGCUCUGCACCGUCGUCUACUUCCACCAGUACACGCACAAGGUGGUGGGCGCCGCCGUGGGCACCUUCGCCUGGUACCUCACCUACGGCAGCUGGUUCCGCCAGCCCUGGUCGCCCGGAAGCCCGGGCACCGGGCUCUUCGCCCGGCCCAGCCCCGGCCUCAAGCGCAACUGAGGGCAAUAAAGGGGACGCGGGACCCGA